AUUUAUUGGAAAGACUCCGAGUGUUUGCAUUUUUUUAUUAGAGGCAAAAGAAACCUAUUUUUCAACAUGCUUUAACUUUUGUUUUACUAUAUGCUGAUGUUAAGCAACAUAUAAUCUAUAAAUAUUGAUUCUGAGAGGAUGAUAUGCAUACUGUUCACUUUGGGAAAUCUGAAUAUCGACCAAGACGUCAUGAAAAAAAAUAUCAUCCCAAAAACAUAGUAGGUCUAAAAAUUGACUAAAUAUGCAAAAUAUUGGGUCAAAAGUUUUAUUAAAAUGAAAGAAAGUGGAAUAUUUACAACAAUAAAAUAUCAAUGUAUCGCAAGUUCAUUUGCUGUAUACAUUGUAGACUAAUCUAUUUUCAUUUACUUGCUUUGAUUUUCUCAUCUAACAUUAGACAGGCAGAAUCGGUGAACGUCUAGUGAAGUAUAAUAAUUCCGUGUAAUUCCUCAGCUCGGAAGAAAGCGAUGCUAUUCAAAUGGUGAUAUGAACAAAGACACAUGCACAGAAAACCAAAAUGGCGCUUUUGCUCAUGAGCUAUGAAAUUACUGCGGAAUAUGAUAAUGGGCGAUAUGACAUGAAAAUACAAUAUGUGCAAGAGGCAAAAAAAAAAAAAAAAAAAAAAAAAAAAAAAAUGACGCGUUUACGCACAAGAUAUUAAAUUCCAGUGAAGUAUUGGUUAAGGGGCAACCUGCGUGGAUGAUCAACGUGAGGUAAAAUAAUGUCAAUUAUUGUUUGCUUAGUUCGGGAAAUUAUAUCUAUAUUCUGAUAAACCAAAAUAUCACCAGCAUCCGUUUUCAUUUGAUUAAAUCCACGAACAACUAAAAUGAAGGGAUUAAAGUGCCGAGAAAAAUCGAACAGGUUUAAUAUUCGAUUGGCAUCAUGUAUUUUGAAAAUUGUCGCAUCACAUGUUCUUUGAGGUCUUGAAACUGUCAAGCACUGCGAUAACUAAGUGUCUGAUUGUAUGUUCUUCUAAUUUUACCUUCCACGGCAGUCCUCAAGACACCGUAGCUACACAAACUUUGUCUGUCAUCUUUGUGUGCUGGGCGCAUAACACCCUGACAUUGGAUUGUCGUUUAAAGCGUUAUUAAAUUCAAUGUUUGUAAAGCAAGUUCUCUUGGCGCCAUCCGGACGGUAGCAGUCAUGUUAUUGUCAUCUAGAGCUACAUUAAAGGGAAUAAAAGCCAACUAUCAAAUGGAUAUAUUAGAUAAAAAUUGUUAAAGUAUAAAUUAUUUCAUAAACCCGACAAAAGUAAAAUGCGUCUUGGUAAUUAGUGGUAUAAUUUUAAGUACCCCCUCCACGUGUUAUAACAAUUAUUAUUUAAUAAAAAAAUAUAUCCUUAUCAUGAUGAAGAGAACAUUUUCUAGCACAACGAUUUUCAAGUACAAAACCAACCGCAGACAGGAAGUCACCUGACAUCAAGUUUGACACUAAGUGGCAAGGAUCAAAAAUAUAAUCUGAAAGGAAAACAAUAUUUUCUGGUCGAUAUAAAACUGUUAUCUUGUUUGCAUACAUGUAAUUGAAUUAUUUGAAAAAUACAUAUUCAGCUUGGUGAUUUAAAGUGAGCAUAUGGUUUCUGCAGCGAAGAAAAUAUUCUUGUAUUUAUGAAGAGUGACCACAAACGCUUGUCAGCAGCAUGACAACGACAUCCACAGGAGUUUUCAUACUGUUCUACUUAUUCUAUGGGGUAGCAGUAAGCUCGGACUGGCAUUUGUGCCUUGACAAGUGUUACUUCCUGAGCAGUAAAGUCAACAUUUCAUAUACAGACCAGGCAGCAUAUUGUCAGACCAUGGGUAGACAAAGCAAACCAGUGGACUUUGGUUCAAAACUAGAACAAUCUCUGGAGGCCGAGCUGAAUACGUGCCGACUCCCAAAGAUAGAUAAUGAGCCAUAUUGGAUAAAUAAAAAAAACAUUCAGGACAAUAAAGGCACACCGUCUUGCCGGACGAUAACAUUUUCUGGAAAUAAUAUACAUCUGGAGCAAGAUGUCUCGUGUUCCGCAUUGUCACAUCCGUUUUGUGAAACAGAAAAAUCAUUCUGUCAGUCUUCGGGAAAUAAAAACUCAAUAACGCAUGAUUGGGUGAAAGUAGCCGGACAAAGUUCCUUGUACAAGUUGUCAUCUUCCACAUACCCAUAUUGCGAAGCAAAGACCUUUUGUCAGAAAGACAGGCAUGGUAAAAUCGCAAGUGUCGGAAAUUAUUCAUUUAUGGGGUUGUUAGCCACCGAACUCGGCAUUUCAGGGACAAUGAAGCUUGAUGUUUGGCUUGAUAGCCCAGGUAUCACGUGUCCAUCUAGACCAUCUAGACCAGACAAAGGUUCCGUUAUGCGUUACACAGGGCCACUUGUACAUUUAAUAGAAAGUUGGAAUGCAGGUGUAGAUUUCAACGUGUUGUGUGAGACAAAUACUACAACAGUUGCCUUUCAAACGGAACCACGUCCGACAUUAUUGACUAAAAGAUCAACAACGCUUAAAUCAAACCGUUUUCCAACGACAACAACAUUGAAUAUGACAUCAGUGAACGCUCGAAACCAAACAACACAGACAACGUCGAAGAUGAAUAUUACAUCACCGAAUACCCAGAAACCAACAACACCAACAGCCUCAGAAUUAACUAUAAUGAGAUCAGUGAACACUCAAAAUUCGUCAACACCAGCAACAUCACAAACAAACACUCAAAAUCCGAUAACACCAACAAACACUCAAAGUUCGACAACACCAACAAUGUCACAAACAAACAAUCAAAAUCCGACAACAUUAACAAACACUCAAAAUCCGACAACACCAGCAAUGUCACAAACAAACAAUCAAAAUCCGACAACACCAACAAACACUCAAAAUCCGACAAAAACAACAACAACAAUGUCACAAAUAAACACUCCUUAUCCGACAACACCAACAAUGUUACAAACAAACUCUCAUAAUCCGACAACACCAACAAUUUUAAAAACAGACACUCAAAAUCAGACAACACCAAUAACGUUACAAACAAAUAAAACAUUACCAAACACCCACAAUCCAAACACUCCAACAACGUCACACAUAAAUAUGACAUUACCAAAUACUCAAAAUCUGACAACAACAACAACGACAACAACAACAACAACGUCACAAACAAAUACGAACUCACUUAACACCCGAAAUCUGACAACACCCGCAACGUCACAAACAAAUACGACGUCACUUAACACUCGAAAUCCGACAACACCCGCAACGUCACAGACAAAUACAACAAGUCAGUCAUCAGUAAAAAUAUCGACAACACAGAAAGAAACAUCAGUUAAACCUAAAACGACAGCGGAGCCGUCAAAUACACAAUCUGUGACCAGUUCAACAGUGUCUUCUUUGAAGACAGCAUCAGGACAAGAAUGGACUACAGUUGGCCAAGAAGAAUAUUUCAUCAAUUACGACCCGAUGAGUUACAACAAAGCAGCUAGAUUUUGUCACGAGAUGAAGAAUGCUUCGUUGGUAAAGUUCCUCGAUCCAAUCAGAUACUUCACAGUCCUUGCACAGAUUGCUUUAAGGAACAGUUCUUUCUGGGUUGGAGCGCAUGGCUUGGACAAAGCAUCGCUGACUACUCAUGAAUGUUUGUCCUAUAUUGCCAACGGUAUGAAAAUGACAACAUUGCCAUGUAAUCAUGAGAAGUUCAGCGUGUGCAGUAGGGUUGUAGGUGGUGAUAUUUCGCGUCUUUUGGAAGACCCAGGAUUCAAAAACUUGAUUCGUGACAUGACUGUACUGAAAAACGAAACUGGGAAACGGAUACGAAAGCAGACUUGCGCUCAAGACAACAGACCGUCGGCACAAGCAGCCGGCGGCGUCGGAGUAUUCAUAAUAUGCUCCGUGAUAGCGGUUCUGUUAAUGAGUGACUGUUCCAGUGUCAGAAGCACCUUCUUUACUCGGAAAAAGAAACAAUAAUUAAAGAAAGCUAUUACUAGUAGUUUUACUAAAGAGCUGUUAUUACUUUGUAGUAACAGAAAACAGAGUGAAGAUUUCUAUUGUGCUUUAAAUAAUAAAAAGACAAUUUUCUGUGUCAUAUUGAAGUAUAAUUUAUAUGAUGCUGAUAGAUUUAUCUCUCAUUAUGACUUCCUUAUUUCUAAGCAUGUAACUUUUUUACCAAUAUACUAAAAAAUAUUCUAUAUAAAAUGCAGAUAUAUGUGAAUAAAUUUGCGCCAUUGUUUAUUGUACACUUAUCAAAAGUAACUAUUCACUUUAUAUUUUCUAUCAACACACCUGUUUAUUAUUUAUAGUUUUGUAGUAUAUUCGCGAAUGCUUAAGUGUUUGUUCACAGACAUUAUGUGGCAUGCCAGAAGAUUGUUGAAGUAAUUGACCGGAACCUCUUCUGUGUCUGUGCCAGCGUUAAACUUUUAUUCAAAGAGCGAAAAGUACAACUUUCUACGUACUGCUCACAAUUACGUUAGAUUAAAGACGUAGAGGAUUAAACUGAUAAAAAUAAUGGA